UUCAACGUGUAAAAAGGUGAGUGAAGAACAGAACAAGAGUGCUCUAGACAGUGGUGGUGUCAGCUGACGAGUGUCCGAUCAACGUCAGAAGUUGAGGGAAUACAUUCACAAUGUCGUUCGGUGAAAAAAUAGCGUCCAUAAUGGAGCGACCUGGACAGGAUCCAGUGAACAAGGAUGACGUGCCCUGGUACCUGAAGUAUGCGGGACGUGGUGUGGGAACUGGCGGAGGCUUCAUUGCGAUUUUCCUUGGUGCUUGGAACUGCAUUGGCAUCCUCCUGGGUGAUGUAUCGUGUCUGAUCAGUGGGAUGUGGCAAAUGGUGGCUGGCUUUCUGGUGAUAAUUGUCGAGGCCCCUUGCUGCUGCAUGUUCCUUGAUUUCGUUCAAUCUGUGAGUGAUAAUGUCGAGAGGCGGCCGUACUGGAAUCGAGCCGCUGGUUAUUGUAUAAUAGCGCUUCCGGCGAUAUUCCUCUGCCCAGGAGUAUCCAGUAUAUUAGGAAGUGGCCUGAUCUUCGGUGCGGGAGUGAUCUACGGUCUCAUGUCCAUCGGGAAGAAGGCAUCGAUUGACGAUAUGAGUGUAGCAGCAGGGAAUCCCCAAGCACCUGCAGCAACAAUGCGAGCGAAUCUCGUCGAUAAUGCACAGCCGAUAGGUUUCACCAAUAAACCAGAUAGCAACGUUUGAUUUAAGUAGUGAUCAAUGAAAUUGAUUUUCUCUCCAAGUGAAUGUGGUGGACAAUGGGUGGUGGCAGGGGAGAAGUAUCUUUCAAUUAGACUCUUCAUUAUUUUUUUGUUAAAUCUGGUGAAUGGAAAAGGUGAAUGUUCUUUGAGACAGUCGAAUGGGUGCUCUAGUCAUCCCUCAUUUAUUGUGUUUCCGUAUUGCUCUGACUCAUUUGACUUGAUGCUGAGUGAAAACAAGUGAUAGACUUUUGAGACUCGAGAGAUCCAUUUUUGGAGAUUGAAAAUGUAUUUUUUAAUGGUUUCCGUUCUUUUUCAACAGUUGAAACUAGUGAUGAUUUUUAUCCACUAAUUCAGGAUGAUUUUUGCUCAUUUUUUAAAUGAUUUUUAACGUACGAAUGAAUGUGCCAAAGCCAGUUUCACAUUCAGAUGAUCAAUUCCGUUUGCGUUGAAUUUUCUAGGGGAAAUUUUUCAAGUAUUUUUGGUUUUUGAUUACAAAAGACAUUCACAGCUUCCUGAUGCAUUCCCGGUGGAGGUAUUUGUUGUUUUUUGAUGGAGAAAAAUUAGAUUCAUUAACAUUUAAUUGCCAAUUUUUCUAAUUCUUUUCCCAUUGAUUAUUCAUUACUGAAAAUCUAUUGGAUGCAGCACUCAGAGGACUAAAGUCACUCGAAACAACAGAUGAAGAUCCUCCUAAAAUUUAUUAUUAAGUUUUUAUUUAUUUAAGAGUUACAAGACUUGAAAAAGAAAAAUUACAUCGGGUCUAUUCACUUCGAGUAAACAUUCUUUUGAUUAAUUGCAAAUGUUUUUGAUUAAUUUUGGGGAAAAUUCGAGUUUUCAAUGAAAUUUUUCCAUUGUAUUCGACUGGUGAGACAGUAGCUGAGAGUCGUUGAACAUGAUUUUUCUUUUUCAGUAAUUGAUGUUUUGAUAAAUUGAGAGUUUCAGUCUUUAUAUUCGACUAGAGAAUACUCACAACUUGAAUUAAUUCCUUUCCUGCUGGGAAGACAUAUCGAACUUGGGGAUUAAUAAUUCAUGAUACAGUAAUUAACAAUUUUGAACAAUUUUAUUCUCGAACGAGAAUAAUUGUUUUUGAGUUAAGAACCAUCAUUUUGAUUUGGGGAGUAUUCUCUUCCGGCGUUUGAUGUAAAAAAAUGUUAGGGCCUCGUUAAAUCAUUAAGCGAUAACAUGAAGAAAUUCCCUCGCCUUCUUGAGUCACCGAUGAAGUUUAUUGUAAAUUACAUAUAUGUGAAAUAAAUGUGUGUCAUUAAAAAUUUUCGACAGCAUUCUAAAGAGUAAGGGGACAUUUCAAAGAUUAUUUUUUGGAAAUUUCAAAUUUUUUAAAAUGAAUGAACAAAAAUGAAACAGUCAGGUUUCCUCAUUUCGAUGAUUGAUUCUGCAUUAAAGUAGUAAAACGUAUUCCUUCGAAUAUGGAAUUCUCAUUACUAAUGUUAUUGCCUCAGGAACAUUCUGCAGAUAAUUUCAUAAUUAACUUUAGUACAGAAUCAGUGAUGAAUGAAGGAAAAUGUUCAUUUUCUCAUGUUUUCAAAAAUUAGACAUUAGAAAUGCAACAGAAAUAUUUGAGGCGAUUUGUACUUUUUUUCAUUACCCACCGAAAACAAUUUAGAAAAAAUACAAUAAUUUCAUGUAGAAAAUUCUCAGGAGGCUUCUUAGAGUUAAAGACCCGUAAUGUGUCGAUUUGAGUUAAUGUAAAAUGUAGUGAUAGGAAUCAUUAACUGAAUUGCGAUUAUUAUAUUAGAAAAAACGGAUGAGAUAACUGAAAAUAUCAUGUAGCUAAAAAUUUGGUGUUAAUUCACGAAAUGUUGAAUGAAAAAUAAAACACGACGAAAAAUGUUGAAAUAAAAUGUCACUUGUGAAAUGCAUGAGUAUUUUGAGUCGAAGAGUGGAGAGAUUGCUCUCGAUAUUCUUCGAAGUGUUCAAGUUAUGUAAAAUGAAAUUGUCAAUAUAAAGAUACUAUUAAGUUGAAAA